AUGACUGCGGUUGGAAUUGAUUUAGGAACUACCUAUUCAUGUGUUGGCGUCUGGCAGCAUGGUAAUGUGGAUAUAAUAGCUAAUGAUCAAGGGAAUCGCACCACUCCCUCUUAUGUCGCCUUCACUGAUACUGAGAGGCUCAUUGGUGACGGCGCGAAAAACCAGGUGGCUCUGAAUCCAAGUAAUACAAUUUUUGAUGCCAAACGACUCAUCGGUCGAAAAUAUGAUGAUCCGAAGAUUCAGCAAGAUCUCAAACAUUGGCCAUUCAAAGUGGUCAAUGAAGGCGGAAAGCCAAAGAUCCAGGUUGAAUAUAAAGGCAAAACUAAACGCUUCGCUCCUGAAGAAAUCAGUAGCAUGGUACUGAUUAAGAUGAAAGAUGUCGCUGAAGCUUAUUUGGGGAAACCAGUAAAGAAAGCGGUUAUAACCGUACCGGCUUACUUCAACGAUUCUCAAAGACAAGCUACCAAAGACGCUGGAGCCAUAGCCGGGCUGAACGUGUUGCGUAUUAUUAAUGAACCAACAGCUGCUGCUUUAGCUUACGGAUUAGAUAAAAACCUGAAAGGCGAACGAAACGUGCUGAUCUUUGAUCUUGGAGGUGGAACAUUUGAUGUGUCAAUCCUAACCAUUGAUGAAGGCUCUCUUUUUGAAGUGAAAGCAACAGCUGGAGACACUCACCUUGGUGGCGAAGACUUCGACAGUAGGCUUGUCAAUUUCCUGGCCGACGAAUUUAAAAGGAAACAUAAAAAAGAUUUGAAUACUAACCCAAAGUCUCUUAGACGUCUUCGAACCGCGGCCGAGAGAGCAAAACGAACCUUGUCCUCCAGUACUGAAGCGAGCAUCGAGAUUGACGCGCUGUAUGAAGGCAUAGACUUUUUCUCACGAGUGUCUAGAGCUCGCUUCGAAGAAUUGAACUCUGACUUAUUCCGUACAACACUCGAACCUGUAGAGAAAGCUCUGAAUGAUGCCAAACUGGACAAGAGUGCUAUUCAUGACAUCGUUUUGGUUGGUGGAUCCACACGUAUCCCCAAAAUACAGAAUUUACUGCAAAACUUCUUCAACGGUAAGAAGUUGAACUUGUCUAUAAAUCCUGAUGAAGCAGUUGCAUAUGGUGCAGCAGUUCAAGCUGCUAUACUUAGCGGAGAACGUCACUCGAAGAUCCAAGACGUUCUGCUGGUUGAUGUCGCUCCUUUAUCUUUGGGUAUCGAGACUGCCGGUGGAGUUAUGACGGCUAUAGUAGAACGUAACGCAAAAAUACCUUGCAAACAUUCUCAAACCUUUACUACGUUUUCUGAUAACCAGUCAGCCGUCACCAUUCAAGUUUACGAAGGAGAAAGAGCAAUGACAAAGAACAACAACCUGCUGGGAACGUUCGACCUGACUGGCAUCCCUCCAGCUCCUCGUGGUGUGCCACAAAUAGACGUGGCAUUCGAUUUAGAUGCUAACGGCAUUCUCAACGUAUCUGCUAAAGAAAACAGUACCGGUAAAAGCAAGAACAUAGUCAUAAAGAAUGACAAAGGUCGCUUGUCUCAAGCAGAAAUCGACAGAAUGUUAAACGAUGCUGAAAAAUAUAAGGAUGAUGACGAGCGGCAGCGAAGCCGUGUUGCAGCCAAGAACAAGUUAGAAACUUAUGUGUUUGGCGUGAAGCAGGCGAUUGAAGACGCCGGGAGUAAGCUGGGAGAGAUGGAAUGUGCAAAAAUUCGUCGCAAAUGUGACGAUACUCUACGUUGGCUUGAAGGCAAUUCUAUGGCAGACAAGGAUGAGUUUGAAGAAAAGUAUAAAGAGCUAUCUAGAGAGUGUACUCCUCUUAUGAAGAAACUGCAUGGAACUGGUUCGAAGAGUGGUCAAGGUGGCAGUGACGGUCCGCUCAUUGAAGAAAUAGAUUAGAUGUCUAUCAGCACGUGUUUAAGUUUUGUUUCUCAGUAGGAUACCUAUGGUUUUUUUCAGUUUUCUCUUAGAUUCUGUUAUAGA